GGGGCGCCAUCUCAGUUGCUGGUGCGUAUGCACGAGAUAGCCCCGUAUACUUGUACAAAAAAUGUUGGAUUGACCGGGGCACUUCGAGAGAAUGUACGCACGCGCGCUCACAUGCUCGCCACGUCCGGAUCCAUCAACCACGUCUCCUCCACUUUCCCCCGCCGUUGACUUUCACAUCUGUGUCAGUGGAGCUCGAUCGAUCGGCGACCUCCCACUACUUACACGGCGACAUGGCGACGCCACCGGCGAGGCCUCGUCGGUAACCGUCAUGAAGCGCCUCUCCAUCCGCGGCCUCCUCGCCGGGGCUCGCCGGACCCGCCACGCCGUUGCCGCCAAGGCCACCACGUCCGUCCCGGCUCUCGUCGCGCUCCUCUUCUUCUUCGCCGCCGCCACCUUCUCGGUCUUCUCCCUCGGCUCCUUCCGUUGGCCUGGCGCCGCCGAUGAUGGCGGUGCGGCUGCCUGCGACGCCGCGCUGGCGCGGGGGCGGGGCGAGUGGAUGCGCGACGCCGGCGCGGCGCCGUACUACACCAACGCGACGUGCGGGUUCAUCCAGAACUACCAGAACUGCAUGAAGCACGGGAGGCCCAGCAUGGAGUUCUUGCGGUGGCGGUGGCGUCCCGGUGACGGCGGCGAGGGGUGCGAGCCGCUCGGGCCGUUCGACGCGGCGCGGUUCUUCCGGCUCGUGCGCGGGAGGUCGAUGCUGUUCGUCGGCGACUCGCUGGCGAGCAGCCACGUGACGUCCCUCGUGUGCGCGCUGUCGCAGGUGGAGGCGCCGGCGAGGUCGCGCGACGCGGCGGCGGGGUUCGAGCACUGGCGCUUCCCGGCGCACGGCUUCGCCGUCGCCUACUUCUGGACGCCGUUCCAGGUCCGGUGGCGCCUGACGCGCGGCCCGCCGGAGGCGGUCGGUCCGGAACGGCAGGGCGAGGUGUUCGCCGGCCCGAGCGACCUCCACCUCGACGAGCCCGACGAGCGGUGGACGUCCGCCGCCAAGAGCCACGACUACGUCGUCCUCUCCGCGUCGCACUGGUUCGCGCGCCCCGCCGUGUACUACCAGCACGGCCGCGUCGUCGGCUGCCACGACUGCGGCGACAGCAACGCCACCGCCACGGCCAUUGUCAAGCAGCCAGAGCACGCGCAGCGGGCGGCGUUCCGCGCCGUGCUCGGGGCGCUGGCGCGGCUGGACGGGUUCAACGGCACGGCGAUCCUGCGCACGGUGGCGCCGACGCACUACGAGAACGGCGGGUGGUUCGACGGCGGGGAGUGCACCGCGACGCGGCCGGCCAGCGAGAGCGAGGACGGGGCGGCGCCGGAGAUGGCGGCGACGGAGGCGGAGUUCUACCGGGCGCAGGUCGAGGAGUUCGCCGCGGCGGCGGCGGCGGCGGCGGCGAGGAACGGCGGCAAGCGGGCGCGGCUGAGGCUGAUGGACGUGACGCGGAUGAUGCUGCUCCGGCCGGACGGGCACCCGGACCGGCACGGGCAUGGCGGCGGCGAGCACGACGGAUUCGAGAUCGACUGCCUGCACUGGUGCUUGCCCGGAGCGAUCGACGUGUGGAACGACCUGCUGCUUCAGAUAAUCGCAUCCUCAUGACAACGCUACCUGACGUGACACUCAGCAAAGCACAGACAAAUAUGGAGCAAUGUAGAUGAAAAUUUCCCUUGGAUUUGCUUUUUUUUUUUUUUUUUUUUUUGUCUUUGCCUCGUUGAGUUGCGGAAUCAGAUGCUUAGAUAUAUUGAUCUGAGUAUAGAUUUUUUUCAGUUUAUGAUCGUUUUGCUUCGGCACAAUGGCUUAGAUUGGAAAGAGUGGGUGGCACCUGAGAAGCCAUGGGCAGGGACUGCGGUCCCGUGCAAUCAUCUCGACGAGGAACUAUUUGCGGCAACAGCAACCAUAACAGUUGGGGAUGGCAAACAGUGUGCUUUUAGAGCUCGAAGUGGCUAGAAAAUCAAACCCCACGGAGGAUUGCACCUGCUAUUUUCGCAGCCUCAAAAAAAAAAAAGAAAGCAAUUGGAUUCGAGACAUUGACAUCCUGUGAUUCACAGAGAAGGAACAUUUGCAACAAUUCGUGCGACUUUGAUCUAGCGUCAGGAUAAUGACCCCUCUAAAUUACGAACGGAAUGGCAUUCGGUGGAACCUCACGGCAAAUAGACAAUACUCGUCAAAUUUCGGCAAAUUUGGCUUACAGACUUCGGUUCCUCGGGGCCACGAGAACUGCUUUCAACCAAUCGAUCUAGAAAUCAUGGGCCCCUUCGAAGUGCAAGUUCUUCUCCUAGCUCAUUGUCCAAAAUAGAGUGUGGACAGCGGACGGGUUGGAGCGAAGAGGGUGGAAAAAUCAAAAGAUCUACCCAUUGUGUUGUACUGUCGACAAAUAUGCAGUUCACCUACCAGCAAAAUGUAGGGCCACAAAGAGAAUAUGGGCAGAGAUCCAGAGAUGGACUAGCACGUACCUACAAUGAACAAGUGGAAUGAUUGUCACUCAGUCAAACAAUAGUGGAAUCUUGUGCUCGAGUCCCCCAAUAACCCUCACCAACCACUUAGAACUCUGGUGAUUCUGGUAUCUUCGGAAGUGUGGUGCGAACGUAAUGCAAGAAUAUUAUGCCACAAAGCAUCAACGUCAACCUCAAUCCUAGCCAAGAUCAAGGAGGAAGCAAGAGCAUCUAGACUCUAAGAGUUCGGAAUUUUGGGAGAUAUCUUCUAAGAAUUCUCUUUUUCCAGGUAUGUCGUCUUGACAGACCCUAUACAUAACUUUUUAUAAUUUUCUUCUACUCUAUCGAUAUACGAGGCAAAGACGUAAAGCUUUUGCCAUCCCUUCAAAAAAAAAUUAAAGGCUCAACCCCAUAUAGCACUAGCACACUGCACACUUUGACCACUAAAUACGUCCUCAUGUUAAAUCUCAAGGUAAAUACAAGUUUCUUGCCGAGUCUAGAUCUUAAAUCUGGAGUUUUAUCACAAGACUCUAAGCUCAGUUGGCGUCUCAGUUGGUUGUUUUGACGCCAAAAGCAUCGCAUUGUUUGAACGACAACCUGAAAUUUUGACAUUCAAAGUCACUCAAGAACUGCGGACCAAGAACAAGAAGUGAAAGGCCAUGGUUUAAAGCCAGCCGGUCAAAUCAUUCUUACGCUUUAAGCUCACCCAGACAACAGUCAAAAUGUAAACCAUUUCACUCAUCAGAAGUAAACAAAUUUGUCAAAAGAGACCACGUCCAAACGAACUUCUUUUAUCCAAAAAGACAACACCAUAUCAAUAUUCUGGAUACGAUUUAAUGGGCUGGAGAUCUAUAAUAUGGCUCGAGUUCUCCUUUUCACAUAUACUUACUAUACACAGAAAUAUUUGCCUCAAUCUCACACAAGUACAAGCAUAUAUGUGCAUGUUGAGAUCUCACCAGUAUUCUGUUAGGGCUUUAUGGCACAUGAGCUACUAGCAUUCAACAAAGUAUUCAAUGAACCAUCACAGCCGCGCUGCUAUUCAGUGAUCAGACUUCAGCAUAGUUUGGAUUGAGAAGACAGAUACAAUAGUGAAAAGAACUGCCGCUGAAUAGCAGUUGGUAACCAAGAAAGGGAUUUAGCACUCAAGAGUCAAGACUCCAACAAAUCCAUGGAAAAAGGCUUAGCCAGGUUCGAUUCUACUUGCCUCAAAGGAUUGCUUUAUGAAUUCAUCUUAUAUUGUAUCAAAGUCAGCAUCCAAUAACCAGUUGCCGAACCAAAAGUCACGUUAAA